GAAGUGGCAGAUGACUAAUCCCACACUGCUGCACCCAUUAGUCAUCUGUCACACAGGCCCACGUUGCAUAGCCUUAUCGGAAAGACCAGAAUCCUAUUGCGCUCUGCUUUAUUAUAACCACGGAAACCAACUCAUCAAGCGACCCCAACCCCAAACAGUGGGAGCUGCCGCUGUUAUCCUCCACCCCCCACCUCUUUAAUUUUCUGUUCUAAACCUUGGGCUGGUUUUUUCCGGCGACGGCAAAACCAGCGAACUCACCGGAUCCGAAAUUACUCUUCAAAAUCUACGGCUCCUCCACUUUCACUAUAUAUAGAUAUUUUACACAUCCUCAUGGGCUCUCAGGAAAGGUGCUUCAAUUUCUUUGUUUUUUGGCUAUUCAAUUCCUAGUUGGCAAUCAAACCAUCUGUCUCUCAGAAUAAAAAAAUCUUCAAUACUUUUUAGCAGCAGGAAAAUUGACAUGGGUUUUUCACUUUCUGGGGCUGUCUUCCGUUUUGCUUCGCUUCUUUCUCUCCUUCUUCUUCUCCGUUUCCUUUUUUACUGCUGUAGCUCAAAAACAGAGGCCGAGGUCGUCACCGUGGAUGUUCAUGCUGCCAAGGAUCUCGUCCGUUCCGGCCACCACCGUUACCUGGACGUCCGGACAGUGGAAGAGUACGAGAGAGGGCACGUGGAUGUGGAGAACGCGCUGAACAUACCUUACAUGUUCAACACACCCCAAGGGAGGGUGAAAAAUCCUCUGUUCUUGGAGCAGGUGUCGUCUGCGUGCAGCAAAGAUGAUCUUCUAGUUGUGGGCUGUCAAAGUGGGGUCAGAUCACUGUAUGCUGCUACAGACCUUCGGAACGCUGGUUACAAGCAUGCUUGCAACAUGGGAGGUGGUUAUGCUGCUUGGGUGGAGAAUGGGUUUGCCGUGAAGAAACCAAAACUGGAGCUCUGAUUUAUUAUUAUUAUUAUUAAGGGGUCACUAUGAAUGUCAUUAUUUGCAUUUUCCUCCCCACAACAGUGUAAAAUAUGUUAUUUGCAUCAAGUAUUUAUUACUUAA